AUGCCGACCAAAGCUUUGGGAGAGACUCUGAAGGAGUACUUGGUCGUUGGUCGCAAGUUGCCAACCGAAAAAGAGCCAGUGACUCCAAUCUGGAAGAUGCAGAUCUUUGCUUCUAAUCAUGUAAUCGCCAAGUCCCGUUUCUGGUACUUUGUCUCUAUGCUUCGUCGAGUAAAGAAGGCAAACGGCGAAAUUCUGUCGUGCAAGCAGAUCUUCCCGAAUAAGGAGGCCGGUUCGGUGAAAAACUACGGUGUCUGGUUGAAGUACGACUCCCGUACCGGACAUCACAACAUGUACAGAGAGUACCGCGAUGCAGCAACUAUGGGCGAUAUCCCCGAAGGAGAUUACGAGAAAGGCAAAAAAGUGUUCAAGCAGAGGUGCCUGCAAUGUCACGUCGUUGAUUCGAAAGCUACCAAGACUGGUCCCACCCUUCACGGAAUUAUUGGACGUAAAUCCGGAAGCGUUGAAGGUUUUGAUUACUCUGCCGCCAAUAAGAACAAGGGAGUAAUAUGGACGCGAGAGACUUUGUUUGAGUAUCUGUUGAACCCUAAGAAGUACAUCCCCGGAACGAAGAUGGUAUUCGCUGGAUUGAAGAAAGCCGAUGAGCGAGCUGAUCUCAUUAAAUAUAUUGAAGUUGAAUCAGCGAAGCCUGUCAGCUAA